ACUUGGAUUUUUCCUCCUGUCCUGUAGGGGCAGCAGCGCGCCGCGCUGAGCGCUCUGCUAGCGUUAAUGACACAUCCACAGUAAACACAACAGAUUCAGCCAAGCUCCGAGCGAACGGUUCUAAAGGCUCCUCGUCCCUCCCGUAGUGAUGUGUUUGUCCCAUCUGGUUUAGCGGAGCAUCCUAGUUGAACCUCUCCACAUAUUUCUCAAAGACCUCCAGCCAGCACCACCUCCUUCCUCAUCCUCCUCUUCCUCCCUUCGCCCACCCCGUGAUGCCUCCCUCGUACUGUGGCUAUCUGUCACAGUACACCCAUCAUCAUCUGGUUGUCUUUCUCCUCACCUUCUUUAGCUAUGUGUUGCUCCAUGCAUCCAGGAAGACGUUUAGCAACGUGAAAGUGAGCAUCUCUGCUCAGUGGACACCCUCCAUCCAGAACGACAGCAUACCCGCGUUCUCCCCCAGUCAAACAUGGGAGGACAAUCGCCUUUUUGCUGAUGAAAAGCAGGCUACUCUAUUUCUGGGAGCUCUGGAUUCGAUCUUCCUCUUCUCUUACGCAGUGGGUCUGUAUCUGAGUGGAGUGGUAGGAGACAGAGUCAACCUGCGCUACGUUCUCUGCUUUGGCCUGUGCGGCUCUGCUAUUGUGGAGUUUGUGUUUGGUACUCUGACGGAAUGGCUCCACAUCUACAACAUCUAUCUGUACUGUUGCCUCUGGGUGAUGAACGGCCUGCUGCAGUCGGCCGUCUGGCCCUGCGUGGUGGCCGUCAUGGGCAACUGGUUCGGCAAGGCGGGGCGUGGUUUUGUGUUUGGGCUGUGGAGCGCCUGUGCUUCUGUUGGCAACAUACUGGGAGCCUUCCUGGCUUCUAGUGUGCUCAAGUAUGGAUACGAGUAUGCCUUCCUGGUGACAUCUGUGGUGCAGUUUGCUGGCGGAGUGGUGGUGUUCUUCGGCCUCCUCACUUCCCCUAAAGAAGUUGGUUUGGUGGAGUCAGAAACUGGACUUAGCCCAGUGGAGGCAGACUCAGACAGCCACAGGCCCCUGAUGAGUGAUGAGGAGGAAGAGGAGGUGCAGGUGUGCAGCAGGCGGUUCCCGUCAGUGCAGCAGCCCGACGAACCUCAGGAGGAGUCUCCUCAGGCCAUCGGCUUCUUCCAGGCUUUCUGUCUACCUGGAGUUUUGCCCUAUUCCUUGGCUUAUGCGUGUCUGAAGCUGGUUAAUUACUCCUUCUUCUUCUGGCUUCCAUUUUACUUGAGCAACAACUACGGAUGGAAGGAGGCCGAGGCCGAUCGCCUGUCUGUGUGGUACGAUGUCGGCGGGAUCAUCGGGGGGACAGUUCAGGGUCUGAUUUCUGAUUUCUUGGGUAAAAGAGCUCCAGUGUUGGCUUUCAGUCUGGCCAUGGCGAUGGGAGCCCUAGUGGGAUACAGCCGAUCACCUAACGAUCAGGUCAUCAACGCCGUGAUCCUGGCUGUGACUGGCUUCUUCAUCGGUGGGCCGUCCAACAUGAUCAGCUCGGCCAUUUCUGCGGACCUGGGGAGGCAGGACGCCCUGAGGGGCAGCCAGGAGGCUCUGGCAACUGUCACUGGGAUAGUGGACGGGACUGGGAGCAUAGGAGCUGCUGGAGGACAGUACCUGGUGUCGCUGAUCGAGAGCAGGCUGGGCUGGAUGAAUGUGUUCUACUUCUUCAUCGUUAUGACGGGGGGCAGCAUUGUGUUCAUCACACCCUUGCUGGUGAGAGAACUAAGAGCUCUGUGGAGAGACAGGUGGGCUCAGAGCCGCCAGCUGUGAGCGUGACAUCACCGCAGGUCGGUUUGAAUCCAAAACCACAGUCCAGACUAGUUUCCGCUUGGGCUUUGGGUCGAAGUGCCUGAUGAUAAAAGGGAUCUGGAGCGUCGGGCCAGUCUGUCAGCUCAUAGAUGUGAGUUUAAAUGUAAAUAAUUCACUUUUUAAGUUUUAAUUUAAACAUCUGACCUGUGGUGAAGUCAGACUUAGGAAUGUAAAUAGUAAUUGUACUGUAGAAAUGUGUCUGUUUUUGUAGAUACUUAUGAAUGUUUCACCUUUUUUAUGAUUGCUUGAGGUCAUUAUGCUUAUUAGAAGCUUAUUUUAACGAACCAAGUCGUUGUUUAUGACUUGCAGGUGCUUGAACUGUUUUGUGAACAGCUCUUUGUAAUCAGGGUCAGUAAUGGUAAAACCUUCUCGUUAUGAGGAGGACUGCUCUUCAUUCCCUUCCACUUGAAUGUUUACAUCUUUAAAUUCAGUGUCUUAAUUUGCACUCAGUCCUGCCUUCAAGCUUCCUCAAGUGAGCCUAAAUCAGCCCGUUUGUUUCUGUCUGAGCUUAGAUGUGAAGUAUUUAUGAACCUGGGCUUAAAAUCGAAUGUGGGUAAAUUAACGAUCUUCUUUGUUUUGUAUUUUUCUGUGACGUUAAGAGUCGUAGUGACGCUUUGGUCCAACUAAUCAUCUAUUAAGCAUUUCUAAUGGAGCACUUGGGGCAGAGGGGAUGUACUAUGGAGCGAGGUUUUCGUCUUAGCCCGCCAUGUUGAGCCAGAUCACCAUGGUAACAGCUCACCAGCAGGUUAGGACGCUUAAGUCUGACCCUGUAACAUUUCAAACUAAAGUCUGAUUGUCAAAUGAUUUCAAAACUCAACCCCUUAAAUUAACUUUAGUCACCAAAUGUACCUACAGAUGACGUCUGCUCAGGUACACACAUCAGGUAGAAUUAAGAGUUUUAGCUCAGUAGUUCUGAUCUGACGUAAAACUCAUCCUGAUUCAUCGGCGCUCAUUUUAAAAACCCAAUCUGUUCUCCGUUUCCACCACUCAGCUGCAGUGACUGGAUUCUGCUUUCAACCACCAGAACCAUGAAUUUACCCCAAGUUGUCCAGAUUAGCUGAGAAGUUUGUUAAAAUGAGAUUUAACUCGUUUGAGCUUUUCCUGCUAAAUUUAUUAAACUGUUUAUUUUUUUAUUAUUAUUUACUCAGUGACAUAGUUUAUGGGACAAAAUCAAAUUUAUUUUUUGUUUUCCUGAUUUACAGUUAUACAGCCUGCUGGUUUUAUGAACUAAGUCUCAUGAGAGUUUGUUUCAUUUUUAUUUGUUCAGAGUCUUUUUGAGUAAAAAUGUGAUAUUUAGACUAAACCCGAAUGCCUGAGUUGUUAAAUAGCAUCAGAACCACCUCCGCUGCACUUGAAAUCUUUUCGUAUUAAUCCAGACGUAAGGAAGAAAUCCCUGCUCUGCUGACAUAGUACACCCCUCUAGUCAUCAACACUUAAACUGUUUUUGCUUAAACUAUCAAUGUUUACAUUACGCCCUCCUUUUGUUGCAUUUUCUGAUAACAGAUUGUUUUUUAUAUAAUUUGAUUAUAAAACAUGCAAAUCAAAUGUAAUAGAAUAUAAUCUUUAUUUUGUUUUUAAACAUUUUAUUUAUGUUUUUAUGUAACUGUAAUUUGUGUCUUCAACUAAAUGCUAGUGACAUUUUUGCGCACCUUUGUGAAGUUUUUUCUGCAUCUUAACCACUAGGGGGUGCUGCAACCCCAAAAUGAGAGCAUGUUGGAUCAGAUCCUGAAAUAAAAAAAUAAUAAAAACAAG